ACAACCAGGAGCGCUCCGAAAGCCAGACUAAAGAAGUCGUAUUAUCCCUCUUCGGGCUGUAUCUGUUAACCAGGCCGCCGGAGACUUACAGACAGACUUGACAGUGAGGGAGACGUGCUCGGAGUUUCAUUUUUGUACCGACACUGGGUCGCAUCUCGUCUCCUUGAAGUGAUCCUUUUUUUAUGCAGUCUAUCCGUAGCGCUCCCGUCGGAAGGAGUCUGGGUGCAUGCACUAGAGGAGGAGAGGGGGAAGUAACGAUCAUUACUUUUGAACAGACCCCUCACCAUGGAGCGAUGCGUCCUUAUUGGGACGUACUGGCUUGAAGAAGAACAGAUACCUGCCACAGGAAACCCCACCAUCUGUCCACUGUGAAGAAAGUGGAGCAUGCAGCCGAGCCCCAGCCGUCUUUGUGCGACCCGCAGCUUAGUUUCUGGGGGCCUCUUCUGAAAAAAGGAGCGGAGAGGAGGAGGGGGGGCUCCUGGUGUUGAUCUGAAAUUCUCACUCCACGCCGGGAUCCAUAUUUUGGCACGGCGUACCACUAUGAGAAGAUGACUGGUGAUGCUUCUCCAAGAACUACUGAUCGCUGACAUCGCUCCAGCUUUCCGUGCUCCCGCUGCAAGACAUUGAACGACUAUUAUUAGCCAUCGGGCUCCUGGAUUGUUUGCACAGAGCGCACCAUGGCCUCUGCACUGUGGAGGUGUCCGGUGUUUCGCGGCCUCUUGCUCCUUGUUGUUUGCUUUCACUGUUCACAAGGGUUCAGCCGUGCAGCCUUGCCUUUCGGGCUGGUCCGGAGAGAGCUCUCAUGUGAAGGAUAUGCAAUUGAUCUCCGCUGCCCGGGGAGUGAUGUCAUUAUGAUUGAGACAGCCAACUACGGCCGAACUGACGACAAGAUCUGCGACGCUGACCCAUUCCAGAUGGAGAACGUCAACUGCUACCUCCCCGAUGCCUACAAGAUUAUAUCACAAAGGUGCAACAACCGUACGCAGUGUGUGGUUGUCACUGGCUCUGAUGUCUUUCCUGAUCCAUGCCCUGGCACCUACAAGUACUUAGAGGUCCAGUAUGAGUGUGUUCCCUAUAUUUUCAUUUGUCCUGGGACUCUGAAGGGUGUUGGAGCCGCCACCUUCCUGUUUGAGGCAGAGCAGCAAGCAGGGUCAUGGUGCAAAGACCCUCUACAGGCUGGUGACAAAGUCUUCUUCAUGCCCUGGACGCCAUACCGCACUGACACCCUCAUAGAGUACGCCUCGCUGGAGGACUUCAAAAAUGGUCGCCAGACGACCACCUAUAAACUGCCGCACCGUGUUGACGGGACAGGCUUCGUAGCUUAUGAUGGUGCUAUCUUCUUUAACAAGGAACGCACUCGCAACAUUGUCAAGUUCGACCUGCGCACACGCAUCAAAAGCGGCGAGGCUAUUGUCAACAACGCCAACUAUCACGACACCUCACCUUACCGCUGGGGUGGCAAGACAGACAUUGACCUGGCAGUAGAUGAGAGGGGCUUGUGGGUUAUCUAUGCCACCGAGCAGAACAAUGGGCGCAUUGUGGUGAGCCAGCUCAACCCGUAUACGCUCCGCUUCGAGGCCACAUGGGAAACAGCGUACGACAAGCGCUCUGCCUCUAACGCCUUUAUGGUGUGCGGCGUGCUACACGUGGUUCGCUCCACCUACGAAGAGAACGAGAGCGAGGCCAGCAGGAGCCAAAUCGAUUACAUCUACAACACCAAGCUGAGCCAGGGCGAGUACACUGACAUCCUCUUCCCUAACCAGUACCAGUACAUCACCGCUGUGGAUUACAACCCCAGGGACAACCAGCUAUACGUGUGGAAUAACUUUUACAUCCUGCGCUAUGACCUGGACUUCGGGCCACCGGAUCCUGCAGAAGUGCCAACCACUGAAGAUUUCUCCAUCUCGUCAUCCGUACCAAAGACCACCACUGUCGUCACCACCACCGCUGUGUCCACCAUGAAGGGGCACGGAGACACCACAGUGGCAGGAGCCGAUCCAAGAGAUGGGAGAGAUCCGUUUGAGGACAGUCGUGGCUCAGGUACAGCUGAGCCCACUGUCCCAGAGCUGCCACCAACACCCAGGCGCUUCUGUGAAGCGACCCGGAGGAGGGCCAUCGACUGGCCCCAGACCCACACUGGAACUACGGUGGAGAGGCCCUGCCCCAAAGGGACCAGAGGCAUCGCCUCCUACCUCUGCACUGUGGCAGGGACCUGGUGUUCCAAAGGGCCAGACCUCAGCAACUGCACUUCCCACUGGGUAACUCAAGUGGCACAAAAGAUUCGAAGUGGCGAAAAUGCUGCUAAUUUAGCCAAUGAGCUGGCACGCCACACACAGGGCCCAGUGUUUGCCGGAGACGUCAGCUCCUCAGUGCGCCUGAUGGAGCAGCUCGUGGACAUCCUGGAUGCUCAGCUGCAGGAGCUCAGGCCCAGCGAGAAGGACUCAGCUGGACGCAGCUUCAACAAGGCAAUAGUGGACACUGUUGACAACCUCCUGAGGCCGGAAGCUCUGAAAUCCUGGAAAGACAUGAAUUCAACAGAACAAACGCACGCCGCCACAAUGCUUCUGGAUACCCUGGAGGAAGGGGCGUUUGUCCUUGCAGAAAACCUGAUCGAGCCAGCGAUCGUAAAAGUACCUGCAGAGAAUAUCAUGUUGGAAGUGUACGUGUUAAGUACUGAUGGUCAGGUGCAAGAUUUCAGGUUUCCACAGACGAGCAAAGGUGGAGCGUCUCUUCAGCUUUCCUCCAACACUGUCAAAGUCAACAGCAAAAAUGGUGUGGCCAAGUUGGUAUUUGUGCUGUACAAACACCUGGGUCAGUUCCUCAGCACGGAGAAUGCCACACUGAGGGGAAUGGGGGACCUGAACAAACGCAACCUCUCCCUCACCGUCAACUCCCACAUCCUUUCAGCCUCUAUUACCAAGGAGUCCAGCCGUGUGUUUGUGGCGGACCCUGUGAUCUUCACACUGGAGCACCUCGAUAAGGAGCACUACUACAAUCCCAACUGUUCCUUCUGGAAUUACUCUGAGCGGAGCAUGAUGGGAUACUGGUCCACUCAGGGCUGUAAACUCCUGGAAACCAACAAGAGCCACACCACUUGCUCCUGCAGUCACUUGACCAACUUCGCCAUCCUCAUGGCUCAUCGGGGGAAUGUGGGGGAAGGGGGCGUCCACGAGCUUCUUCUUACUGUCAUUACACGAAUGGGCAUCGCUGUGUCUCUCGUCUGCCUCGCCAUCAGCCUCUUCACCUUCUGCUUCUUCCGAGGUCUGCAAAGUGACCGCAACACCAUCCACAAAAACCUCUGCCUCAACCUCUUUAUUGGCGAGCUCAUCUUCCUCGUGGGCAUCAACAUGACGGAACCGAAGCUGGUGUGCUCCAUCAUCGCCGGCGUUCUCCACUUCUGCUUCCUGGCUGCAUUUGCCUGGAUGUGUCUGGAGGGUGUGCAGCUGUACCUCAUGCUGGUCGAGGUGUUCGAGAGCGAGUUCUCUCGCAGGAAGUACUACUACAUCUCCGGGUACCUCAUCCCGGCUGUGGUGGUGGGCAUCUCAGCAGCAAUCGACUACAGAAGCUACGGCACGCAGCGAGCAUGCUGGCUGAGGGUUGAUAACCAUUUCAUAUGGAGCUUCAUUGGGCCCGUAACCUUCAUAAUUGUGGUCAAUGUCAUCUUCCUGGUGGUGACGAUGUACAAGAUGGUGAAGCAUUCCACGUCCAUGAAACCCGACUCGUCCAGGCUGGGGGGUAUCAGGUCAUGGGUGUUGGGAGCGUUUGCCCUGCUUUGUCUGUUGGGACUCACGUGGUCCUUUGGCUUAUUCUUCCUCAAUGAAUCUUCCAUCGUGAUGGCGUACCUCUUCACCAUCUUCAACACUCUGCAAGGAAUGUUCAUCUUCAUCUUCCACUGCCUUCUCCAGAAAAAGGUCCGCAAAGAGUACAGCAAAUGUUUCCGUCAAUCCCAGUGCUGCGGCGCGCUGCCAUCUGAGGGCUCCCACAGUUCAGCCAAGACAGCCACGUCUCGAUCCACGGCCCGUUACUCGUCAGCUACACAGAGCCGCAUCAGGCGGAUGUGGAAUGACACAGUGAGGAAGCAGUCGGAGUCCUCCUUCAUCUCAGGAGACAUAAACAGCACCUCCACACUCAACCAGGGGAUGACUGGCAACUACCUCCUAACUAACCCUCUCCUCCGAACCCACGACACUAACCCUUAUAACAACCUGCUGGCAGAAACGGUGGUGUGCAACACCCCCUCUCCACCGGCCUUUCACUCCCCAGGACAGCACUCCCUGAGCAACAGCAGGGACAUCAGCGCCAUGGACACCCUCCCCCUCAACGGCAAUUUCAACAACAGCUACUCCCUGCGAGACGAAGACUAUGAGGCCGUGGGCGUUCGAGCCACGGGUGACCUGGGGGGCCUCAACCUGGACGAUGUCGCUUUUGAGAAGAUGAUCAUAUCUGAAAUUGUCCAUAACAACCUAAGGCCCCGCGGGGCCCCCAAAGGUCGUGACGCCCAGAGGGACAGAGCCUUGCCUCCCCAGACCAGAGUGACAGUGGACCGAGGCGGGGGUGGCAGCGGCAGCGAGGAUGACGCCAUUGUGGCGGAUCACGCUGAGGCCUCAUCCCCCCAGAGAGGAAGUGGAAGAGGAGGCCACGCCACCCUGGAGCUGCUCCUGCACCCCCACCACAAGGAGGCGCUGGAGGCCCCCCUUCUGCCCCAGAGGACUCACUCCCUGCUCUACAGCGCCCAGAAGGCCCCUAGGCGCCUGGAGGGGCAGGGCGGCCAUUGCUCUGAGACUGUUACCGCAGUGGAGGACAUGGGCUCCCAUUCACCCAACAACAAUAGAGACUCCCUUUACACCAGCAUGCCAAACUUGAGAGACUCACCCUCGCCCUCAGCUUCACCAUACCCCCCUGAGGAGGAGGAGGAGGAAGAGCUCUCCCCCUCACCUCGGAGCGAGAGUGAGGACGCUUAUCAUAAAAGCAUGCCUGAGCUCGGCGAUGCGCCGCAGCCCCUGUCCUACUACCACAUAAACCGAGGCACCAGCGACGGGUGCAUCAUCCCACCCAACAAUGAAGACUGCGCACAGGAGGGAGAGGCACCCACCGACGGACAAAUGCAGCUCAUUACCAGCCUCUGAGCUUUUGUUUGCACAGGUUUUCACAGAUGGGUGCUGUUGGUUGAUGUCAAGAGAGCUGGCGAGCCUGGCUCCGCACUCCGCAUGCUCUUCCUGUUAGGACAGGAAGUGAAAUGUUGUUGGGUGGGAAAAGGAAUGAAUAAAUGACUUUUGCACACAGAUCUCAUUAACACACAAAACACGUCCAUCCGAGGCCAGACAAAUGUGGACUGUGAAAGCUCUGCUGUUGGACUAAAGAGGUGCAGAGAAUAACACAUAGGCCACUGUGUCACAGAUAAGCCUGGCAUUUUUGUUGUACGGAAAGAAGAGCCGAAAAAUGAGGGAUUAAAAAAAAAAAAAAAAGAUACUCCAAACAAAGAACUAUGAAACUCCUGACAUAUUCCUGGGGGACUUUGCAGAACCAGGGUCUUUUUAGUCAUGAAGUACAGAACUAGAACUAGUGUGGCUCCACUACACAGUCAGGACUGUAAAGUUAAGAAACCACUAAUUCAGACUCAGGCCUUAUAUUUUCUCUAUUGCACAUUUAACUGUUGUCAAAGUAACAGCUAAAGAAAAUAUAUUUUGCUGUACCACUAGUGUAAAAAGAAAAAACAAAACAAAAAAAAAGAAAAAAAAAGAAAUGGCAGCCAUUCAGUAGUUAUGCCCUUUCAAUGUUAAUAAGAUUCUUCAGACAAGGUUAAACAAAAUGGUGGAAAUGUGCUUUUUUCCUCUCACACUUGACUCGUUGUAGUAUGUUUGAAUAUUAAAAAAAAAAAAAAGAGUUUUGAGAGAUAUCAGUCCAUAUGAAACCAUGCUCACGUCUCUGCUUGUGAAGUGCUUUUGCUUUCAUGAAUGAUGAGUUUUUGCCAGUAGUAUAUUUGUUAACACCGGGCCAUGCACAGAUUUGGAGUGAAUUGGAUACUUGUGUAAUUUAUUUUACUUGAAAGAAAUUGUCAGGUUUAAAGACAUAUGUUCGUGUCAAUGCGAUAUUGCAGUUUUUGCGGACAUGUUUCAUCCUUCGACACUAAUUAAUUUAUUAACUGAACUAUUCAGAAAAAAAAAUGGGAAAAAAAAGAAUGUGGUUGGAAAGUGUGAAAAGUUGUUGCAGCACUGAUUAGGUUCAUUUUAUUUCUUUUUUAAGAGCCCAUCAUCAGCUGAUAUUUAAUUCAACUCCUGUUUGAUAUCAAAUAAAUGUGAAAUUUUUUCUUGUUCGCAGAUGUCUGGUUGCUUAUUCUCAUUUUGCAUUUAAAAAUCUGCUAUGAUCCAAACAUGUAGUAAAAUGACGAUUAAAGGAAAAGACUGGU